AUCGACUUUCAAGCUUAUGACGCUCACUGCACACCGGGUUGGGGUGAUGCUCUCCUCACGCAGACAUACUAUCUGGAAUCAGUUAUGAAAAUGUGUAGCCUUCUGUGUCGAUUUUUGGAUGUGAGUAGCCUCACCGCGAGUCUCGCAGCGGGCCCGCGCCUUUUCAAACGGUUCCGUAGAAAAUGUAAACCCAUCAUGUUUACUUGCAAGCUUUACGCGGUCUCCUUCACAGAUGUGACGAACGAGAAGACCUUGAUUUCCAGAUGUCAUAGUCCUGUUGAUAUGAUUGCUGCGACAGUCAAUCUCAACUUUCAAUAUUUUGCGUCAACGUAUCUUAUCACUCUAUUUUGAAUCGUCUCUAGUCGAGUAACCGACUCGCCAUCACUAAUUUCCAGUCCAAUCUCUCCACAAGAGCUUCUGCUAUCGACCCCUUCUCCUAGAACCUUUCUUGAUAAGACGUGGUGCCGAUAUACUAAGCAGGGAAAAUCCUUGACCCACAUUGA